UAACCCCCAUUCAGAGGAGCAGGCAUACCGUUAUCAGCCAUGGAAGCCACGAUGCAAGAAUCACCGACUGCAGAUUCCUUGUCCUGGGAUAUAUUCCAUUCUGUUGACUCCAUUUUAUCCUCCUCGGAAGCCUCGGAUGACGAUACCGAGGAAUUUUUCGAUGAUACUUGUGGCGACUUGGAGGGCACUCACGAGCCUGAAAAAUCAUCAAGUCAUGGAGAAACUGAAUACUUGGACUGCCCCAAGACUGAAAUAAGCCAUUCAGCCAAUCCUCAGAGAGAGGAAUCGCUGGCGAAACGUGUGGCCUCUCUGAAGGAGAGAAUAACGGAUUUACGCCGCUCUCUGACUGAGGAGCAGCGUCUGUGGAGGCAAGAACUUCAGGAAUAUGAGGACAUCCAUGAAAAAAUGAAGCUGAGUGCACUGGAGGCGGUAACUGCAGUUGCUCGAGCAGUUUCGCAAGCUUAUAUUGUUGAAUCGACAAAAAGUGAGACAUGGAAUAAUGGGAAUUUUUCGAGUAAUGGAGCUUCAGUAUCCAGUUGUAAAGAUGGUAAUUCUCGCUCAAGAUGUCGUAAUUUAUUCUAUAAAGAUUAUUAUGAGAGAUUGGAUCAGAUUGAAAAGCUUUGCCAUCAAGUGCUGCAGAAAAUUCGUGAUGAUACGGAAGUAUUGCAACCACUCAGGCAAAUAGCUUCGCAAUGGGGCAUUAAUGAUGACAAUAUGGGGAUCAGUGAUGAUGUCCAAGAAGUUGAUACUAACAAUUAUUCUCAAAGUGUCAACAUAUCAUAAGAAA